AAGAGGAGGACAUGUGAGUGGCCGUCCCCCACCCCCACACCAGGCAGGGUCCCUCCCGAUCCUCUGCCCAGACUCAGCUGCCCAGACCGGGCUUAUGCUGGAAAGUUGGCCAUGACCUCGGAGGGCUCUUCCGGAAGUCGCCGUGCCAGGAGCGGGAUGCUGCGGAAGCAGGCCCCAGAGGAGGACAGCACCGUCCUGAUUGACGUGGCCCCCGGGCCCGAGGAGGUCCACACGUACGGGAGCACAGCCCCCGCCUCAGAGCCAACUGGACACCGGGAGGCCACCGACAGGGCGGGGAGCCCUUCCAAGCCCCAGAUAGCGGACUUCGUCCUCGUUUGGGAAGAAGACCUGAGGCUGUGUCGGCAGCAGGGUGGCGCCGGCCGGCAGGAGCCAGACCUGCGCAGCACCUGGAGGGACACCUUUCUGGACAACCUCCGUGCAGCUGGGCUACGGGUGGACCAGCACGCGGUCCAGGACGACGAUGUCGCAGUGCACUACGUCCUCCUCAGGGCGCCCUGGGCCGUGCUCUGCUACUACGCCGAGGACCUGCGUCUAAAGCUGCCUCUGCAGGAGUUGCCCAACCAAGCCUCCAACUGGUCAGCGGAUCUGCUGGCGUGGCUGGGCCUCCCCAACGUCCUGCUGGAGGACGUGCCCGACGUGCCCCCCGAGUAUUACUCCUGCCGGUUCAGAGUGAGCAAGCUGUCGAGGUUCCUCGGGAGUGACAACCAGGACACCUUCUUCGCGAGCACACAGCGGCACCAGAUCCUGUUUGCGAUCCUGGCCAAGACCCCGUACGGCCACGAGAAGAAAGGCCUGUUCGGAAUCGACCAGCUGCUGGCGGAGGGCGUCUUCAGCGCGGCCUUCCCUCUGCACGACGGCCCAUUCAGGACACCCCCAGAGGGCCCGCAGGCCCCAGGCCUCACCCAGAGGCAGGUCCUGUUCCGGCACUGGGCCCGCUGGCGCAAGUGGAACAAGUACCAGCCCCUGGACCACGUGCGCAGAUACUUCGGGGAGAAGGUGGCCUUCUACUUCGCCUGGCUUGGGUUCUACACAGGCUGGCUGCUGCCGGCAGCGGCCGUGGGCACGCUGGUGUUCCUGGCGGGCUGCUUCAUGGUGUUCUCAGACGUACCCACGCAGGAGCUGUGCAGCAGCACCGAUCGCUUUGAGAUGUGCCCGCUCUGCCUGGACUGCCCCUUCUGGCUGCUCUCCAGCGCCUGCGCCCUGGUGCAGGCCGGCCGGCUCUUCGACCACGGCGGCACCGUGUUCUUCAGCGUGUUCAUGGCACUGUGGGCCGUGCUGCUGCUGGAGUUCUGGAAGCGCAAGAGCGCCACACUGGCCUACCGCUGGGGCUGCUCGGACUAUGAGGACAUCGAGGAGAGGCCACGGCCCCAGUUUGCCGCCUCGGCCCCCACGACGGCCCUGAACCCCAUCACCGGUGAGGACGAGCCCUACUUCCCGGAGAGGAGCCGUGUGCGCCGUGUGCUGGCUGGCUCCGUGGUGGUCGUGAUGAUGGUGGCCGUGGUGGUCAUGGGCCUCGUGUCCAUCAUCCUCUACCGGGCCAUCAUGGCCAUCCUGGUGUCCAGGUCGAACAACACCCUCCUGGCAGCCUGGGCCUCCCGCAUCGCCAGCUUCACAGGGUCGGUGGUGAACCUGAUCUUCAUCCUCAUCCUCUCCAAGAUCUAUGUGGCCCUGGCCCACGUCCUGACCAGAUGGGAAAUGCACCGCACGCAGACCAAGUUCGAGGACGCCUUCACCCUCAAGGUGUUCAUCUUCCAGUUCGUCAACUUCUACUCCUCCCCCAUCUACAUCGCCUUCUUCAAGGGCAGAUUUGUGGGGUACCCGGGCAACUAUCACACCUUAUUUGGGGUUCGCAAUGAGGAGUGUGCGGCCGGAGGCUGCCUCAUCGAGCUGGCCCAGGAGCUCCUGGUCAUCAUGGUGGGCAAGCAGAUCAUCAACAACGUGCAGGAGAUCCUCGUCCCGAAGCUGCAGGGCUGGUGGCAGAGGUGCCGGCUGCGCCCCAAGAGGAGGAAGGCGGGGGCUCCCGAGGCGGCUGGCCAGGCCCCCUGGGAGGCCGACUACGAGCUUCUGCCCUGCGAGGGUCUGUUUGACGAGUACCUUGAAAUGGAAAGGCACCGGCCGGCUCCCCACACCGAGUUCCGUGUCUCCUGCAGGUAUCAGGCCUUCAGGGAAGAUGAUGGGCAGUAUUCUCCGACGUACUGGAAUCUUCUGGCCAUCCGCCUGGCCUUCGUCAUCGUGUUUGAGCACGUGGUGUUCUCCACCGGCCGGGCCCUUGACCUCCUGGUCCCCGACGUUCCUGAGUCCGUGGAGGUCAAGGUGAAGCGAGAGUAUUACCUCGCCAAGCAGGCGCUGGCUGAGGACGAGGCCUGCCAACGGCUGGACUGCUCAGUGCCAUCUCCCUCCCAGGGCAGGCGGCCCCCCACUAGAGACGCUGGCCCCCAUCACCGCAGCUCAGGGCGUGCCCGGUCUCCCACGCCAGCAGGAACACUGCACUGGGGACCACUAUCUAUGGGUCUAGUUACCAUGCAGAACCGUGCUGAAGACGCCCCUGGUUCCACCAAGAAACUGACAGGCCGCAUGAUAAAACGAGUUCUGGCACACGACAUCUGGUUUUGGGGCCGCAGCAUCCGGGUGUGUCAGAAGACGGCCUGGCUGAGCCCCCGCACUGGUUUCUGGCCCCCAGGGCUGCAGCAGACACGCCGCUGCCAGAAACCAAGAGGCUGA